CUAUAUCUAACAGGUGUUAUAUUUUGGGAAGAUCUUUCCAUGGAGCACUCUAGUUUUCCAUCUGCAUUUUCUACUUUGUUCGGCGAACUCCCGAAAGAAACAUGGUGUUGCUCAGAUCUUUACAAAUGGGAAGGCUUCUGGUAUACCAGUUCUCACCUUCCUGCUGCCAUGGCUGCGAGGUUGAACUUCCAAGCAAAUGACUCUGAUGUAUUUUUGACUUCUUCUAUGAAGACAGGCACCACAUGGCUCAAGGCUAUCAUCCCAACAAUAAUGAAUCCCAUUGGUCGCAUGGAUGAUGAUAACAAUGACCCUUUGCUGAAACGUCAUCCUAAUGAGCUAAUGCCAUCUCUGGAAGUUCAGCUUUUCAAGGAAAAUCCCAAUCCUGAUCUCUCAUAUAUGUCUUCUCCAAGACUAUUCCGAACCCAUAUCCCUUACCCUAUGUUACCCGAAUCUGUUAAAAACUCAGCUUGCAAGAUCGUGUAUAUCACUCGAGACCCUAAGGACACGUUUGGGUCGUUGUGGCACUUUUUUAACUCUUUGGUUACUACCCAUGGAAUUGAUCCAUGGCCAAUGAAUGAAGCUUUUGACAGCUUUUGCAGAGGGGUUCAUGUCUUUGGACCAUUCCAUGACCAUGUUUUAAGUUAUUGGAAAGAAAGUAUAAAGAGGCCUGAGAAGAUACUUUUCUUGAGAUAUGAAGACAUGAGGAAGGACCCAAAGGGGCAACUGAGGCGGUUGGCUUGUUUCCUUGGAAGGCCUUUUGAGAAGGAAAAAGAGGUAGACAAAGUGUUGUGGAGAUGCAGCCUGGAAAGGCUUAAAAACCUGGAAGUGAACCAACAUGGAGCUGAUCCUUGGUUAGGCUUUGAGUACAAGUUUUAUUUCAGGCGUGGCAGUGUUGGGGAUUGGAAGAACAACAUGAGUAAUGAGAUGAAAGAAAAGUUGGACCACAUUACUGCUAUGAAAUAUGAGGGUUCUGAUCUGGGUUUUGGACAUUGAUUAAGUUUACUAGUUUUGAAAAUGUAUUUUCAGUUUCCCAACCUGAUAUCUCAUAAGAUAUCAAAUGUCACAAAUACAGUUGAAUUCCUUUCCACUCAAAAACCUUAAUAUGUGGAAUAUU